UGAGUUCAGUAUUGCGUCACUACACGAUUCCGGGACUACCAGGAUCCCAUACAACUAGAGGAUGGACUCUUCAAUUUUCAGUUUCAGCGGUGACUGAAACGUUCUUCACAAUAUCCUCACUCUCAUAGAAGACCCCAUCCAACUCUACCCCGACUUUCCCAUUCAAAAGCCCGUCCAACAGCGCCCUACCCAGCACCGUCACGCUUCACAAAAGAACCAUGCUCACACGAUCCUUGAAACCCAAGGGACGUUUCCCUCUCCCAUGGACACGUCCAGUCCUGCCAUACCGGCGAUGCAUGGCCCAUGUCUCCAACGUGUCGGACAUUCCUUCAGAAGACACCAAGCCCUUCAACGUCCCCAUCCCCGAAGACAGUUUCGAAACAUACAACCUCGACCCCCCACCCUACAGCGUGGAAACAACCAAAAGCCAACUAAAGCAACUCUACCGUGACAUGUCCCUGAUAAGACGAAUGGAACUAGCGGCCGACAAGUUAUACAAGGAACAAAAGGUUCGUGGCUUUUGCCACCUGUCGACAGGUCAGGAGGCCGUGGCGGUGGGGAUCGAACACGGAAUCACCCGCGAUGACAAGGUGAUUACAGCAUACCGUGCGCACGGGUUCACGUUGAUGCGGGGUGGAAGUGUCCGAUCCAUAUUAGGUGAGUUGCUUGGUCGUCGGGAUGGCAUCUGUCAUGGUAAGGGUGGAUCUGUGCAUAUGUACAGUAAGAAUUUCUUUGGCGGGAAUGGGAUCGUGGGUGCAAAUGUGCCCUUGGGCACGGGGAUAGCCUUUGCGCAGCAGUAUGAUGAUACAAAGACGGUGACAGUGAAUGUUUAUGGGGAUGGGGCUGCGAAUCAGGGCCAGGUUCAUGAGUCUUAUAAUAUGGCUAAGUUGUGGGAGUUGCCUGUCAUUUUUGCUUGUGAGAACAACAAAUACGGCAUGGGCACCUCCGUCGAGCGCGCCUCCGCAAUGACAGAAUACUACAAACGAGGCAACUACAUCCCUGGACUACGAAUCAACGGCAUGGACGUCCUGGCCGUGAUAUCAGCAAUCAAAUACGGCAAGGAGUACACCCUGGCUGGGAACGGACCAUUACUGUACGAGUUCCAGACAUAUCGGUAUGCGGGCCACUCGGUAUCAGAUCCGGGGACAUCCUACCGGACCAAGGAAGAGGUGCAAGCGGAACGGGCCCAAGACCCUAUCACGACGUACCGGGCGAAGUUGAUUGAUUGGGGCGUGUUCACGGAGGACGAGGCAAAGGCGAUGGAUAAGGAAAUCCGAAGGCAUGUCGAUCGUGAAACACAGGAGGCGGAGAAGAUGCCGGCACCGCCGACGAAUCUGGAUGUCUUGUUUGAGGAUACCUAUGUUCGGGGAAGUGAGCCUCAGCAACGGCGCGGGAGAACCGUAGAUGAGACUUUCUACCGGGGUUGAUAAGGGCAGCCACCGAAACUCUAAUUUGGUGUGGUGGGUGCUUUUCAUAGUGAGCUCAUAGCAUGUGCUUCGGGUUAGGAGAGAUGGUUAUGCUCUAAUUCCAAUGGACGUCAUUA